CCGCUGCCUCCGCUUUCCCCGACUGCAGGCAGCGUGCGCGCAGGAGGAGCGGCGUCGCCUUGUGGGUGGCUGGACACCAGCGCAACUCCUAGAGGGUCUGACCUCCAAGCGCGCAGGGCGCGCAAAGAUGAGGGCGCGGCCGCAGGUCUGCGAGGCGCUUCUCCUCGCCCUGGCCCUCCAGACCAGCAUGUGCUAUGGCAUCAAGUGGCUGGCACUCUCCAAGACGCCGGCAGCCCUGGCGCUGAAUCAGACACAGCACUGCAAACAGCUGGAGGGCCUGGUGUCCGCACAGGUGCAAUUGUGCCGUAGCAAUCUGGAGCUCAUGCACACCAUCGUGCACGCUGCCCGUGAGGUUAUGAAGGCCUGCCGCAGGGCCUUUGCAGACAUGCGCUGGAACUGCUCCUCCAUUGAGCUCGCCCCCAACUACCUGCUCGACCUGGAGAGAGGGACCCGGGAGUCAGCCUUCGUGUAUGCGCUGUCGUCUGCCGCCAUCAGCCACGCCAUCGCCCGGGCCUGUACCUCAGGCGACCUGCCCGGCUGCUCCUGCGGCCGUGUCCCAGGUGAGCCACCCGGGCCCGGGAACCUCUGGGGAGGAUGUGCGGACAACCUCAGCUACGGGCUCCUCAUGGGGGCCAAGUUUUCCGAUGCUCCUAUGAAGGUGAAAAAAACAGGAUCCCAAGCCAAUAAACUGAUGCGUCUACACAACAGUGAAGUGGGGAGACAGGCUCUCCGUGCCUCUCUGGAAGUGAAGUGUAAGUGCCACGGGGUGUCUGGCUCCUGCUCCAUCCGCACCUGCUGGAAGGGGCUGCAGGAACUGCGGGAUGUGGCCGCUGACCUCAAGACCCGUUACCUAUCAGCCACCAAGGUGGUACACCGCCCCAUGGGCACUCGCAAACACCUUGUGCCCAAAGACCUGGAUAUCCGGCCUGUGAAGGACUCGGAGCUCGUGUAUUUGCAGAGCUCCCCCGACUUCUGCAUGAAGAAUGAGAAGGUGGGCUCACACGGGACACAGGACAGGCAAUGCAACAAGACUUCUAACGGUAGUGACAGCUGUGACCUCAUGUGCUGUGGGCGAGGCUACAACCCCUACACAGACCGCGUGGUCGAGCGCUGCCAUUGCAAGUACCACUGGUGCUGCUACGUCACCUGCCGGAAGUGUGAGCGCACGGUGGAGCGCUACGUCUGCAAGUGAGGCCCCAGACCUACUCCCCAGCACAGGAACACGGACUC